CUGCUCACUCGCCGUAGAGGAGGAUCCGCAGCCUCUCAGCAUCAGCAUCAGCACCAGCAGAGACGUACUCCCUCUUCAUCUCCUCUGCUCUCCUCCUCUCCGUCCACUGCGGAACAUCGGCCUGUUUUCCUCCCAUCCCUCCUCCAGCGGCAGACCCAGCUCGCCAUGGACAACUCCGGCAAAGAGAAGGAGGCCAUGCAGCUGAUGGCUGAAGCCGACAAAAAGGUCAAAGCGUCCGGAUCCUUCCUCGGUGGGAUGUUCGGGGGAAACCAUAAGGUGGAGGACGCCUGUGAAAUGUACGCCAGAGCAGCCAACAUGUUUAAGAUGGCAAAGAACUGGAGUGCUGCGGGGAACGCAUUCUGUCAGGCUGCUCGGCUCCACAUGCAGCUUCAGAACAAACUGGACUCCGCCACGAGCUUCGUCGACGCCGGCAACGCCUACAAGAAGGCCGACCCACAGGAGGCCAUCAACUGUCUAAAUCAGGCCAUUGACAUCUACACUGACAUGGGUCGGUUUACCAUCGCAGCCAAACAUCACAUCACUAUAGCGGAGAUAUACGAGUCUGAGCUGGUUGACAUUGAGAAGGCCAUUGCCCACUAUGAACAGGCAGCUGAUUACUAUAAAGGAGAAGAAUCUAACAGCUCAGCCAACAAAUGUCUCCUGAAGGUCGGACACUACAGCGCUCAGCUGGAGCAGUACCAGAAAGCUAUUGAAAUCUACGAACAGGUCGCUAUGAGCACCAUGGACAAUCCUCUGUUAAAGUACAACGCUAAAGAGUAUUUCUUCAAGGCUUCACUGUGUCAUUUCAUAGUGGACGAACUGAAUGCCAAGUUGGCCAUAGAGAAAUAUGAGGAGAUGUUUCCAGCCUUCUCAGACUCAAGAGAGCUCAAACUGUUAAAGAAACUCCUAGAAGCCCACGAGGAGCAGAACAGCGAGGCGUUCACAGAGGCCGUCAAGGAGUUCGACUCGGUGUCCCGUCUGGACCAGUGGCUGACCACAAUGCUCCUCCGCAUCAAAAAGACCAUCCAGGGAGACGCUGGGGACCUGAAGUAGACAAAUUUCAAAAAAAAAGAGGGGAGAAAGGGAGGGGAGACUGGGGUGAAAGAGGGAAGAAAGAUCAGGGUUCAGGGGAUUGGUAAUUAAAUGGGGGGGAAGUGAGAAGGACAGGGAUGGUAAAGAUGUGUUAAGGUGGAAAAAAGGUAAAAAAAGAAGAAAAGAGAAGCGGAAAGAUGUC